AUGAGACACAAGUUGCAAGCUGCGCCAAACAAAAAAGAAUGCAAUCGGCUGGGGCAAUUGUAUGGGCUGCAGUUUUCUCCUUUUUGUCCAUUGUGGCACCCUGUUCUGGGUCCACAGCUAUGUCCCAUCCAGCAGACUAGUUUUGACUGGAUGCAUGUGCUUGUUGCUUCGGGCGGUGUUGCUCAGUAUGAGCUGAAUGAGUUCCUCAAAUCUUUGCAGAGCACUGGAAUUUCCCUCCAAGUGCUCAAUGAUUUUGCCAGCCUUAUGGUUGUGCCAAAAUCUAGGCAGGCUUUGCCAAGAAACUUUUUUCUGGACCGGCUCAACAUGGAGGACAACAGCCCGAUGAAAACUUUUUCCUCCGAGGUUCUGACUGCUGUGCCAAUUGUGGUUUUGUUUUGCGAUACGGUUUUGCAACCCUGUAGCGUUCUGCCCGAUCACUGCCAAUCAAUGCGGCAUUUGGGAGAUAUUCUGGACAUUGUCACCCAGCAAGGAAAAGCUUUAUUGAUGCUUAACUUUUUGGAGGAAAGCAUUGACAAACAUGGAGUUCUCUUCAAGAAACUUUAUGCUGGAUGUUGCAAACUGAAAUUCCACUGGUUGUAUCAUAUUCCGGAGAAUUUCAGACAGUUCCAGGCCAAUAUGUCUUGCUUUGCACCAGAGCGCAAGCAUCGGGCUACUAAAACUGUGGCGGCCCAUGUUUUGAACGACCAUUUGUGCGAGCACACAGCUGACAGGAUGGGCCAAGAAAUCCUCGCAGAUUUCCAAGACACUGACACGAUCCUGUGCCCAAUACAUUUAUUGGGUGUCAAACGUGAAAUUCCUGAAGGGCCUCAACUAUUAGCUUUUUGGAGCUCCGACAUCAUGGUCGUGCACACUAGCAAAAAAAUGAUGAGCGAGACUGGGGUGAUCUCUUUGGGUGAUAUGCUACUUGACCUUGAGCAAGGGGAGUUGGUGGCUCCAAUUUUCUUCCUCGAGGUUACAUUAACUACAGGUGCCAAGAAAUUCUUGGCGCAAGUUUCCAUCUACCAAUGGAAAAAAGAGUGCCUGUUCGACCGAACAGACGCUGAAUAUUUGCUGGAAUGGCACUCAGGUUUGAAGCCUGUGAUCUACACCAAAAGAUCUUGCGGGUCUAUCCAGGUGUGCUUGGGGUCGGCCAUUGAACGACUGAAAAAGAACAAUGGAAACUUGGUGAAAGAUUGGAGCAAAGUUGAGGGUGAUCGACUGACUGCCUUCUACCAAGAGAACGCUCACCUUCGCGGGGAAGAUUUGCGCAAAAAGGUUGAAGAAGUGGUACAAGACUGGAAAGUCAGCGUUACCCGCUUCGAGUUCAGUGCUGAUGGUGAGUUCUUGGAUGAACACGACCUCCAGGAGAAGUACAAGAACAAACCUGAUGUCUUGGAGAACAUCCUUAAGAACGCCCGUCAGUACUACUGCCCAAUCAAGAGGGUCCAGUUGUACGCUGACCCUAAAUACACCAGCAAGGUUUCAGAUUCCAUGGAGCUGGGACAUUCCGAGAAAAGAAAGGGGCAGGCAGUUUUGGACGACAACACGGACAUGGGACCUACCAAGAGAAAGAAAGGCGAGAAGGAUAAAAACACAUCCCUGCCAGCAGGUGAAGAACCCAAGCUCAAGGCUGGGGCCAAGAAAAAGUUGACCAAGAAAAUGGACGCCACCAAUGCCAAGUGCCUUCAGCUCAGCAGCUUGCUGACCAAGUGUGGAUCAUUGGGGGAUAUGAUCCCAAAAUAUGUGGCGACAGCUGCUGAGAGUGUGACAGCUGCCGCUCAGAGUGCCAUCAGCAAAGCUCAGGCCUGCAUUGAUGCUGGGAAGGGGGACGCAAAUCCUCUCAUUGAGGAAUUGGAUGGCCAUAUUUCUUCGAUCAACGAAGCCUACUCCAGGUUGAGGAGCCAGGUUGAACUGGCUGAGAACUUCACAAGGCCUAGUUGCGAGAUGUUGCGAGGCUCGCCCGCACAUCCUUGCCUACAGACCUUUCGCUGUGGGAACGGAUGUGUCAAAUUUUGA